CCUCCAACCUCGUUGGCCCCGCCCCUCAGCCAGGAGGCCGCGCCUCUGGAUCUCCUGUCCGCGAGGCCCUCCAAGACCCGCCUUCCGCCUUUUGGACCCGCCCCCGAGCUGCCCUCAGCGCCGCCCGAUUGCAGCGGUGGUCACGCCACAGACUGCUCUUAGCCCAGACGAACCUCGGUCCCGAAGCCGCUCAAAGAUAGGAGGCCGUGGGUUCCCCUCAUCAGGGCCAUGUCGGGCUGUCACGCUCCGGAGGGAGACUGCUGCUCGCAGCACUGCGGCGCUAAGGACAAGGAACAUCCAAGAUACCUGAUCCCAGAGCUUUGCAAACAGUUUUACCACUUGGGCUGGGUCACUGGGACUGGAGGAGGAAUUAGCUUGAAACAUGGCGAUGAGAUCUACAUCGCUCCUUCAGGAGUGCAAAAGGAACGGAUUCAGCCUGAAGACAUGUUUGUUUGUGACAUCAAUGAACAGGACAUAAGUGGACCUCUGCCGCAUAAGAAUCUUAAAAAAAGCCAGUGCACUCCUCUUUUCAUGAAUGCUUACACAAUGAGAGGAGCAGGUGCAGUGAUUCAUACCCACUCAAAAGCAGCUGUCAUGGCCACCCUUCUCUUUCCAGGACGAGAGUUUAAAAUUACACAUCAAGAGAUGAUAAAAGGAAUAAGGAAAUGUACUUCGGGAGGGUAUUACAGGUAUGAUGAUAUGUUAGUGGUACCCAUUAUUGAGAAUACACCUGAGGAGAAAGACCUCAAAGAACGAAUGGCUCGCGCGAUAAAUGAAUACCCAGACUCCUGCGCGGUCCUGGUCAGGCGUCAUGGAGUGUACGUCUGGGGAGAAACCUGGGAGAAGGCCAAAACCAUGUGUGAGUGUUACGACUAUUUGUUUGACGUGGCCGUGUCCAUGAAGAAAGUGGGCCUGGAUCCUACACAGCUUCCGGUUGGAGAAAAUGGAAUUGUAUAAGCCAAGUGAAAAUGUAAUUCUGUACACCAAGCCUAUCUUGAUUAUUAUGCAAAUGAAACUUGAUUAUUCUUUUUAAUGAAUUGAACCUUCCCAUGAUACUAUUAAGUCACUAAACACUGAAGAUGGUCACCCUGAAUCUACUUCUGACUUUGGACGAUAUUUGCUUAUAUUCUUGGAAUUUUAAAUGGCAAUGCGGUGGAAUAAAGAAUUUUAUAAUGAA